AUGCAGAACCUUCCUGGAAACAUGGCCUUGUAUGAGGAGCUCGACAUGGCUCAAAUAGACAGGACUAAAGAUCUGCCAUUUGUAACAGGUGACAUUGCCAAGUUUCGGUACUAUGCAGGCGUCCCUUUGAACCCAUACGGCGGCCCAAACAUUGGCACUGUCUUUAUCUUUUGCGAGACGCCGUCAGAGACAGGUCUCUCUGACGCAAAUCGUGCGUACAUGUUCGAAAUAACCUCGCACAUUAUCAAACAUCUUGAACAAGCCGUUGAGGCAUUGGAGGGCAAGAGAGUAAUGAAGUUCAACAAAACCGUUGCUUCGUUGUUGGAUACUGAAUUGUCGUCAAAGCUUACUGCGGACGCCCUGAAUGAAUCAGCUUCUGAUAUUCAGGCUGAGCAGAAUGAUGCCAUGGUAUCCAAUCUGUAUACUGAAGCUACGUUGCGUCUCUACCAACUGGCAGCAAACCUGCUCAAUGACACUUUUGAAUUCGACGGCGUUAGAAUUCACGAAGUAGAUCAAUUUGGAAGUUACACCAACCACAACCCAGAUUGGAAUGGAUCCAAGAUCUUAGCACAGCAUCUUGGGCCCAUGGAGCAGCCGCCUGUAGAUCCAUCACAAGCCUUGCUCGAGAGACUGCUGGACAUGUUUCCGCAAGGCUGUGUGAUUCAGAUGCUGGAAGGUCCAGACAGCAUUGUUGCCGCUACAAACGCAGGCAAAGUAGUGCUUGUGAUAGACCAGCUCAUCUCCACUGAACUACCACAAAUUUUCCCCAACGCCAAGCAGAUAAUUGUGAUGCCCUUGUGGGACACACAUCGCGAGCGCAAUAUAGGGGCUGUUCUGGGCUUUGCCAACGACCAGUCCAGAGUCUACCUAGGAUCAACAGAUCUUUGGUCCAUCUCUGCGCUCUGCACAACACUCAUGACACAGGUACGCCGUCUCGAAGUGCAGGCCAUGGAUAGAAUCAAAUCUGAUUUUCUUGGUUCCAUGUCCCACGAAAUGCGGACGCCUCUGCAUGGAAUUCUUUCGGCACUGGAGCUCCUCUCUGACACGCCUUAUAACGCUGAUCAACGGGAUCUCCUCGAAACCGCACGAUACAGCGGCAUUUCACUGCUCAACACGAUUGAGCAUGUGUUACAUUUCAGCAAGAUCAGCUCUACAGCGCGGGUUCUAGAUGAGACACGCUCGAAUGGAUCGAGUAUGUGGAGUCCGCAGCAAUCUAGCCCCAGAUAUACUCAGACGGCGGCUAUGCCCACCAGGAAGCACACAUCGAAGAUGAUCAAUGUAUGUGAAGAAUCAUUUCAACAAGAGACGAGAAGGCUUCGCCUCAAAGAUGCCAUGCAGUCUCAGUUUUCUAGCCCCAGUCAGCGCUUCUACAGUCGGGCGUCAUCACCCUCACCAUCAGUACGCUCAGAUGGAACGAAUCAUCACCCUGUCAUAUUGUUCGAUACGAAUGUUGCUUCUUCCUGCGUCCUUACGGCUGUUGCCAGCUUCCGGGCAGUCUUCACACACUUGCUACUGACAGGCGUAAAGAACAAUGCCAUAAAAUUCAACUGUCCUACAGGAUGCGUCCGCGUGUCUCUGGACGUCGACGAGACGUCAUGCACGCUUUGCUUCACCGAUGCAGGUAAAGGGAUUAACCCGGACUUUCUUCGCCAUUCCAUCUUCGAUGCGUUUUCGCAGGAGGAUCCUCUAGUUGAAGGAACGGGACUCGGACUUUCCAUAGUCAAGCGCACAGUCACUGCGCUGGGCGGUCAACUUGAUGUCGAUUCCAAGGAAACACGUGGCUCUACAUUUACGGUCAAAUUCCCUUCACAGCGGGUGGUCUUUGAUCCAAGUCACGUGCUGGAACUUGGAGGCAGCAGCCUACCUGAGCUCCAACUGAGCGUGUUCGCGCCAAGCCGGUGGACAUCAGAAGGCGGAAUGAGGGGCUCUCGGUGUACCGAAAUGCUUUUGGCGUCACUUACCCGAAGUCUGAGUCGAUGGUUCCAGGUGACAAUCACACCAUGGGAGUCCUCCAGCACGGACUUGCGGCUGCUGAUUGUCUUAGAAGAGGACUUGGCCGACGCAAGGCGAACGUAUGGGGAUGCAUUUGAUCACGCCCGAUGCAUUGUGCUUUGUCCGGACCUUCAGGCCUCCCCCACCCCAGGUAUAUCACCUCUGGAUGGUACCACUUCUAUCAUUGGCCCGGUCACGCUGUCCAACCUCCAGGAUGCGUUGGCAGGUUUGUUUCCGGACUUGAUUACGGUUUCAGACCCCCACGAUGACGUUGAGCCAUUGCGUGGCUCGAUGGGAGAUUCAAUUAAAACAACCUUGGUUAGGGGUCGACAGAGAGAGGAGAACAACAACAUAACGCCUGGAGACGGAUCGUUCCAGGGGAUGUAUACGAUAAGGGAAGCACCGUAUCAGGGGAAUGAUACUACUGAUGAAGUACCGUUGGGAGCAACAUCUAGAACAGGCUCCACAGAACCACUGGAUAGACAAACGGCUGAUACAGCUGCAAAGUUAGCCAUCAACCAUGUGGAUGGGAAUGCGCAGACAAAGGAGUUGGUAGUGCCAACCCCUUCCUUGUCCUCAAAACCCAAUUUGAGAGAGCCAAAGCUGCUACUGGUGGACGACAACCCGGUAAAUCUUAAAGUACUGGGAAUGUACGCGCGAAAGUGCAGCAAGACGGCGGCAAAGUCUGUUGAUGGGGGCCAGAAAGCGAUUGACGCAUUCAAGACCGCAUUCUUUGACGAGGACAACACUGCACAGCAUUUUGACCUCAUCUUUCUCGAUUUAUCUAUGCCCGAGGUUUCGGGAUUCGAUGUUGCGAGGCAGAUACGUGAGAUUGAGACCAAGUGGGAAAGGAGGUCUCGGGUUUACAUAUGUGCGCUUACGGGACUGUCGAGCGACAAGGACCGGAACGCUGCUUAUGCAUCGGGCGUGGAUCAAUAUCUAGUCAAGCCAGCGCGGCUGGAUGAUCUGCAGUGGGUUGUAGGGCUAUGGCGAGAUAGUCUAACUCCCAAGUGA